AUGGACAAUAUCGGUCAGGGGCAAUGUGGGAACAAACACAUUGGUUCCAAGAGAGAUGGAUUACGAGAAUCCGCAACGCCCUUUUUGGGACCCUCACUUGGUGUCUUUAUCCACACCUUUUUUGUCCUUCUUACUUCCCCUCCUCUUCCAUUUCUCACCGUUGGUUCCAUGUCUUCCUCCUCCUCCGGCGGCGGCCGACGGCGGAGACCUCGUGGGGAUUUCGACACUCCUUCUUCUUCCCGCCGCCGCGCCGCCAAUGGGGUUUGGCCGGAGCCAUUUAUAGAAGCACUUGCUACUCAAGUUGCCAUUGAUGCCUCUCGCUCUCUCGGCAGAAUCCACGCCGCCGCAGCUCUUUCCAAUGUCUUCCAGGUUUGCUCCAUGUGGCGUGCUGUGUCUCGGUCGGAGCUGUUGUGGCGUCGUUUGACUACUCAGAUUUGGGGUCGGAGCUUUCGUCUGCUUGACACGUGGCGUGAUGAAUACAUCUAUUGGCAUACUACGGCGUGUAACUUUUGGAGACGUAGAUAUCUUCAUACGAUCCUCCAAUUUGAUCAAUCUGAUGUGGAUGAGCCUGCUGGUUUGAUGUGUCGUUGUCUUGCCCUCUCGUUGCAUUACCUGGCAUGUGGAUUUGCUGAUGGUACUGUUCGCCUUUUCGACCUUGCCACGCGUCUCCAUGUCGCGACGUUUCAUCCUCACCAUCGUGAUCGUCUUGGCUUAUUCUCGCGUGCUGUCUCUGGGAUUGUCAUCACCGAUGCAUGCCUCGUGUUUGCCAGCGUGGAUGGUGAUGUCCAUGUUGGAAUCAUUGCUGCAGCCAUGAAUGGUGUUUCCCCGACACGUCGGGUAUGCGAAGGGAAUGUGAUGAACGACGGUGUGUUGGUGGAUUUCGCUGGAUGUGACCGAUGGUGGGUUGGUCUUUACGCAGGUGUACCUGGUCGGACGUUCCAUGUAUGGGAUGGAAACACGGAGGAGCUCGUGUUUGUUGGCGGGUCGCUGACGGACCCAGAAGCUGUGACAGGAUGGCACAUGCUGACGGAGCCAACCGAGCCAGUGGGUCGAGUACGCGUGUCGAACCAGGAAUCGGCAGUGGCGUGCACAAGGUUACAGCUAAUGGUAUUAGACUUGAGAGAUCAAGAAGUGGUAUUAAACGAGGAGGAAAAUGGGGAGGUGAGGAUAGUAACGUCGAUGGAUGUGAGCAACGAGAGGUACAUUGUGGUGGACGGAGAAGGGGUGAGUAUAGUAAGAAGAGUGGACACAAUGGAAGAAGUUUGCAGGUUCUUAGUGAGUGGGGCGGGUCAGAGAGGGGCCAUGGGCUGCAUCAACAUGGGUUAUGCAGUGAUGAACUCGAGCGGGGCGAUGAAAGUUUGGGAAAUCGAGCAUGGACAGUUUCUGUACAGGUUUAGGGAGAGGGUCGGGGCAGCCACGGCCAUGGUUGCCAACGACCGGUAUGUGGCAGCGUCGGGGUUCGACAGAAGGUUACAUUUGUGGGAUUUUGGUGCAUAAUUUAACAAUGGUAGCAGAAGAAGUAUAUUGGGAGGUCUUUUUUGGGGGGUUCGUGUACAGUAUGGAAGGAGUUGGGUUUGUAGCAGUGGGUGGGUGGGAGUGUUGUGAUGUUCUUCCUUUUUUUGUUGGGGUUUAGGAGAAGGGGAGAGUUUAUGGGAUUUAGAUUAUUAUGCUCUUUUUUUUUUCUUUUUCUUUUCCCCAAUUUCUUUGCAAGGGAAAAAAAGGAAAAGAAUAGGAUUCAUCAUUGUUUUGAACAAUGUAUUUUCAGUCCGUUUAAUUUAAGGAGGCAAUUAUUAAGGGUUUAAAGAAUCACUAUUGGAUGCAUGCAUGUAGAAUAUAUAUGUUAAAAACAUAAAAAUAUACAACCACUAAAGGGGGCGGGGCUAGGGAUAGGAACGGAGAAUAUAAUCUCUCUCUAGCUACAUUUAACGAACGGAGAGAAUUGUUCUACGAGAGAGGUUCCGCAGAUAAAAUAUACAUAUCUUCGUGCAAAGCUUCUUCCAAUUUA